AAUGCAGCUCAAAUCCCUUUCACUCCCUUCCCCAAUCCCCAUUCGAAAUCCUAAUUUCCGACAAUUAUCUCAAUCCUCUCUCCACUUCAACUUCUCCGACUCUCCCUCUCCAACCUCCGGUUUUCCUCUCAGUUUUCGCAGUGCGCCGUUGGAAACUCGUAAUUGUAAGUUAGUAAGGUCUUUCAUUAAAAACGGAGAUGGAGUUUCUGGAAGCAAUCCAGAAGCUCGGAGUAAGUGUAAUUGUAGUUCCGAGUCAGUUUCGUGGUCCGAAGAUGAAGAGGUGGCAGUGGAGGUUGAUGUAAGCAAGAGACAGGCAUCGACUAAUCAGAGCAUAUUGUCGCAAGUAAAGGAGAUUAUCAUGUUUUCUGGACCAGCCACUGGGCUCUGGAUCUGUGCGCCGUUGAUGAGUCUCAUCUCAACCGCUGUGGUUGGUCGAGGAAGCUCAACUGAGCUUGCUGCUUUAGGGCCGGGAACGGUGUUUUGCGAUAACAUGAAUCUACUGUUCAUGUUCCUUUCCAUUGCAACUUCAAACAUGGUUGCUACUUCACUUGCCAAAGGGGACAAAGACGAAGUGCAGCACCAAAUAUCGGUUUUACUUUUUGUUGGCCUGAUAUGUGGAACCUUGAUGCUUUUGUUUACUCAAUUUCUUGGUGGAUGGGCAUUAACUGUUUUUAUUGGGCCAAAAAAUAUUCAAAUUGUACCUGCGGCAAGCAAAUAUGUUCAGAUUCGAGGUUUAGCAUGGCCUGCUGUUCUCUAUGGACUGGUUGCUCAGAGUGCAAGCCUUGGCAUGAAAAAUUCAUGGGGACCUCUGAAGGCUUUGGUCAUUGCCAGUGUUGUUAACGGCAUUGGUCAUAUAGGCCUAUGCAGUUUUUUUAACUAUGGUCUUGCAGGUGCAGCAUGGGCAACGCUGGCUUCCCAAAUUGUAGCAGCCUAUAUGAUGGUUGCAGCGCUAAACAAGAAAGGAUAUAAUUCUUUUGCCAUCUCAAUACCAUCACCCUCUGAAUGUGUGCAAAUAUUUGGGAUUGCUGCACCUGUAUUUGUGACCAUGUUCUCAAAGGUGGCGUUUUACUCUCUCAUAACAUAUUUUGCUACAGCAAUGGGUACUAAUACGGUUGCAGCUAAUCAGGUUAUGAUUCAAAUGUACAGCAUGUGUGUGGUAUGGGGGGAGCCACUCUCUCAAACUGCACAGUCUUUUAUGCCCGAGUUACUAUAUGGUUUCAGCCGAAGUUUGGUAAAGGCUCAAAAUCUGCUGAAGUCACUGCUGAUUAUUGGAGCUUUACUUGGAUUGGUAAUAGGAACAAUUGGAACGUCUGUUCCUUGGUUUUUGCCGAAUAUUUUUACACCUGAUCUUAACGUCAUAGAAGAGAUGCACAGUGUGUUGUUGAUGUUCUUUGUUGCAUUAUUGGUGACACCCUGUGCUCACAGCCUUGAGGGUACCCUAUUGGCUGGGAGGGACCUUCAAUUUAUCAGCUUAACAAUGAGUGGAUGCUUCGGUCUCGGUGCCCUCUUACUAUUGGCUGUGAGUACUAAAGGAUAUGGUUUGCCUGGCUGCUGGUGCGUUCUUGUGGGGUUUCAAUGGGCUCGUUUCUUCCUUGCUCUAUGGCGUCUUCUCUCUCCCAGUGGCAUGCUCAACUCCCAGGAAUUGGAUAAAUUGAAAGCUGCUUAGUUCAAAUUCUUUAUUCUCGUGCCUCCGAGUUUAAGGGAACUCCCAUUGAUCUAAUCAUGAUCAAUCGAUCAUUGUCAUUUUUUCACCAUUUUUUCCCCAUUGCACGUGAUGCUUGUACUGCUCGUUUUCAGCAAUUAAACAAGUAAUGAAUAAUUAUCGAAGAGUGCCUUUAUAUCAA